UAUAUAAAUUUGAUGAGAAUGUAAAAAUAACAUCUUAUAUUUCGGUUUACAAUUUCAAGCGGUCGUACAAACGAAAUGAUCAGAUGUCUUUUAUCUCUUAAUGCAGAAACUGGUUACUACGCUCUGGAAUCUCAUAAACCGAACGAGUUGAAUAAAUAAUAAAAGACCCGAGUUCUCGAAUGGAGAUUCAGAGCGUGAUAAAGUCAUUAUUUUUGUUGCAAUUAUGAGGAUAAAUAUUUUUCAUAUAAACAGCAUUCGUACAUCUGUCGCCAUCUGGACAGACGCCGUACAGUCUUGCAGAUGGCGCAACACGAACUUUCAGUUUCGAAACAUUAGAAUUCGGUGGUAGAAUAUUCGAUUCAAAGUUUUUUGUGAAAAAAAAAGUGUGAAUAAUUAUAAAACGUUAACGAAAUUGUUCGAAUUAUAAGAAAUUAACGAGUUGAUAAUAUAUACGGGAGACAGUUUUAUAAGUUACUUUAAAAUUACAAGAUUUUCGCAAUUCAAGAUUCAACAAUUCUACAUAAAUAUACAAGUGCAUAUAUGUAAUAUUGGAAGAGAUUCAAAAAAUACAACUAGAAGAAGACGAGAUUACAACGAAUGUCGACCACGUGAAAAUCGUGUCUCGUUGUUUAUCGAAUACAAAUGGGUCGAAAAAUCCCAGGAAAAAAGCACAGAGGUGUGAAAGAUCCUUUUAAACAACAGGCAAAACGUCAGGCAGAGUUAGAAACAAAGAUAAAUGCACCGCCAAAAGAUGUGAACGAACAAGCUAUACCGAAAAGUUUAGAAAAAAUAAUAAAGUUAAAAGAAGCAGUGAAAUUGGGAAAAAUAGGUAAAAUAAAAAAAAAGAAGAAGAAGAAAAAUAAUCUUAUAUCCAUUGGUAAACAGGAAUCUAAGCUUUUACAUCCAAAGGCUAGACCAGAGAAAGUUGUUCCUAUAUUUCAACAAAGGCCUGGGGAAACUGAACAACGAUUUUUACAUAGAGUUAAUCGAGAUACGCAAAUUUUCAUUAAUGAAUUUGCUUUUGAGAAAAAAUAUGAUGUUCAAGUUAAUCGAAAUCCAGAAACAGGAAACAUCGAAGGAGUUUCAAAAUGUGAACAAACUGAAUUAGACAAAAUUGAAAUGUUGAAAUCGAGUCAUAAAAAUAUUAAAAAAAAGAAAAACAGUGAUAUCAAUAAGAUCAAAAUGACUAAAACUGAAAAGAAAAAGGAGAAAUUGAAAUUGAAGAAAGAGAAACAAAUGGAAGAAAAAUUAGAUGAAUUUGAUAAUUUUAAAGAUCAAGUUGAAUUUGGAGAAGUGGUUCAUGAACCACCUCAAUUAAAAAUCAAACCAAAAAAUGCUAAUGCUAUAAAUGUCUCUAAACCUGGCAGAAAGAAUCUUCUUCUUUAUUCGAUGCUCAAGAAAAAUGAAAAUUCAAAGAUGGAUGCUAAGAAGAGAAUAACUAUAGAUAGAUCAGGAAAACGUAGAAAAUUACCACUUGGAGAAAGGAGACAAUUAGAAAAACAACAGAAUGAUGUUAUAGCAGCAUAUAGAAGAUUGAAAGCACAAAAAUCUGCUGGUAUUAACUAGGGUAUGUAAAUGAUUAUAAAAUUUUAUGUAGAAUUUUUUUUUAUAUUGUUGCUUUUUACAAGAUUGCUAUGAAUUGUUUUAUUGUAAUUGUGAAAUUUACUUUUAUUUUAAUAAAAUGUACAAUUUUUUUAUCAUAGUAAA